UUUCCGUUUCCGGUCGGCCAUUCACGCUUCUGUCAUUGCGGCGGCUGGAUCUGUACAAAAGUAAAGAAGAUGGCAGGUCGACGUGUUGCAUUGAAGGCCAUUGACUGGAUGGCAUUUGCCGAGAGGGUGCCACCCAAUCAGAGGGCCAUGUUCAACAACCUCAAAACCCGCAGCGAUGCCAUCGCUGGAAAGUUGGCCGCUUUGCCCGAGACUCCUGCUCCCAUCAACUGGGCCCACUAUAAGUCUGCAGUGGCCAAGGCUGGCAUGGUUGACGAGUUUGAGAAGAAGUUCGCUGCUCUUUCCAUCCCAGCACCAACUGACACAGAGACGGCCAAGAUUGAUGCCCAGGAGCAGGAAGCGAACAAGCACGCAGUUGACUAUGUUGCAGCAUCCAAAGCUCGUAUUGUCCAGUAUGAAGCAGAGCUGGCCAAGUUCCAGAACAUGAUUCCAUUCGACCAGAUGACCAUCGAGGACCUCAACGACACCUUCCCAGAGACAAAGCUGGACAAGGAGAAGCACCCAUACUGGCCACACAAGCCCAUCGCCGACCUGUAAACUUGCUUCAAACGCCCCGCUUUCCCCCACUAUAUAAAUGACACCACACCUCUCAGAUGAGAUUGUAUAGUCCUCCUGUCUGUUGUAUACAUCUGUUAGUGACGUGACUCAGGAUUAUAAUUCUGACGAGUAUUGUCACAAUGUGAUGAAUAAAAAUAAAAAUAAUUUGGAUUUCA